AUGGCUAAAAAGAAGUCGAAAAACACAGGGAAAAAACCUGUUGCGAAGGAAACUUCAGAAAAAAUCGACAGCAUAGAAAAACCGGAAAAUUUACAGUCAACAACUCAGAACCAUCCAAUAAAACCUAAUAGCGGGAACAACGAUGAAUUUGGGGAUUGUGGUACAACUGAAACCGAGCAAGAACAGUUGAAUAUGAAAACAAAUGAAAAAAUGCAAGAUCUCGAAAAUCAACACACUCUGUUGGAGAAGCAACUGGAAGAUCUUAAAUUACAGCUUAAUGAAAAGGAUGAAAAAUUAAAGCAGUUGCAAAAAGAGAAGGAAGACAGCCCAGCAAAAGACCAAACACAAUUAGGGUUGGAAAACAGUGAGAAUUUUGAGCAGACUGGUAUUGAAACGCAAGAUUGCGAUAGAACAGCUGGUGAAAUUGAGCACCUUAAAGCUCAACUUGCAAAGAAAACCGAAGAGAGUGAAAAAAAUAAGGCAAAUUAUGAUGCAUUACUCAAAAGAGUUUCACAAAUGAAGGGUGUCUUUGAAAACAUGAAAAAGUCAGAGAAAAAACUCGAACUUUUAGAAUUGGAGAAUAAGCAAUUGAAAGAAAAACUGGAUGAUAGUUCUUCGCAAAUUUCUGCGCUUGAGGAACUGAAAUCGGAAAUUGUAGGUUUGAAUUCAGAAUGUGAUAAACUUGUAGAAAAAAACUCAUUAUUAACAAAAGAGCUUGAAUUACAAGAACUACGACAAAGUCGUGAUUUCAAAAACCUUGAAGAUGAAAACAAAUCGCUGAAAAAAAAGUUAAAAGAGACAAGGUCUGAAUUAGAGGAAUACUUAAUCUUAGUUCAAGAGGAAAGGUUGACUAAAGCUGGUUUAGUCCAAGAAGUUAGCAAUCUAACUACAAAGAUUGCGAACUUGGAAGCAGAAAAUAUGACAGUAAAGGAAAAGGCCAAAGAACUAAGUGAAGAAUUGAUGAAGGUGCUAGAAUCACGUAAUUCAUUUGAGGAUGAAAAUAAGAAGACCAUUGAAGCUUUAAAAUCACAGCUAGCAACAAAGGUGGAGGAAAUAGACAAUUUUACAAAAGAAAUUGACAAUUUAAAGAAACACUCGUUAGAAAAAAACGAAAAACUGAAGGCUAUUGAGGGUUUGGAAAAGAGCUUAAAGGAAAAGCAAUUGCUUAUCGGAAAAUUAAGGCAUGAAACAAUAACAUUGAAUGAACACCUUACAAAAGCCAUGAGACUAAUCAAGAAGGAGUCCGGAAAAGAAACCGUGGAUAGGGAGUUGGUUUCCAAUUUAUUCAUUAGUUUCCUUCAAAUCCCUAGGGGAGACACCAAAAAGUUCGAAGUGCUACAACUUUUGGCAAACUUUUUAGACUGGGAUGAUGAUAAGAGAAGACAUGCAGGUUUGCUUUCCUCCGGCGAUUAUCGAGCGAAAUCCAACAGUGUCGUUGAGGUUCCACAACUUGGACGCCGUUCAGUUGGAAGCUCGCAGUCUUUUGUAUCAUUAUGGACAGAAUUCCUCGAAAAAGAAUCCACUCCCAAGAGUGGGGCACUCCCAGAUAACUAA